GAACCCAACUCCAGUUCUCUAACGUAUCGCAGUUUUUGCAGGACUCUCCUCUUUUCAGGGUUCGAGCACCAAAGUAGAUUAAGGGACCCAAAUACCCUACGAAAUCCAUACUAAAUCUGUUGUUGAGAGCCAAGCCCUCAACAGUUCUCAUUUACCAUAAUUUUAUUUCUUAUGAACCAAGCAUUAUAGUAUAAUGUUUAAAAUUUUCAUAUCGGACUCCAAUUGAUUAUAUUGUAGUGAUUUUUAACUGUUCUGUAAUUUUAAAAUGGAAAAGGUGGGAAACUUGCCUAACUACGAUAAAGAGAGCAGAACCUUCAGAAUUUGGCUUUUGUUGAACCUUCAGAAUUUGGCUUUUGUUAAGACUUUUGUAUUUUCUACUGUUUCUUUAAAACCUUAGGAUUUCAAUACUCUCCAUUAAUAGAAAACAACGGAGAAGCUACUUUAUUAAUCUCAACUUUCUGACUAUUUUCAAUUAACAAUUGUGAUUCAAUUUAAUCUUUGUUAAUUAUACUCCAAAAAACCUCAUUUUUGUUCGAACGGGCGUGUUACUCUACGAAAUUUAGUAGAGUUUGAUGUGGAACUUAAAAAUGCGGGGUGCUACUUAAAAGAAUUUAGUACAUUUGGAGGCAUAAGCUACUAAAACAAGCCUAUUUAUAUUGAGGGUCUAAUUUAGAAGAAUUAUAAAAGAUUUGGAGGCAUAAUGUCAAAUUAACAAAGAUUUAGUAAACCACCAACAAUUUGUGAGGCCUAUUUAUAUUGGCUUAGUGGUAAGCAAUCCGUGUAGUGAAUUUCAGCAUUGUUGAAAUUGCACUUGGGUCCUUAUAUUGCAAUAAACUGCUGGAAAAACUUUGUGAAGUAAUUUUAAUUUUCAUAGAGCUACCCUGUACAUGUAGUAGCAUGAAGUAAGUUAAACUUUCACAUUAUGAAGUUAGAUAUCUGUAGGUGGUUCACAUAUGCAUUGAAUUGGUUAGAACCGAACCGCACCGAACUGACUUGCAACAAUUCAGUUUGGCUUUGAAUAAUGAGUGGUUUUGUUCGGUUGUUCAAAAUUUAAUAAAAACCGAACGGACCGACCGUUUGCACAGCCCUAGGUUCAUCUAAUCUCUCAAGGUGUUUGGUUGUUUGCUUCUGAGAGUUUGUUAACUUGAGUUUAAGGCUACAAGCGAUGGAGGCUAGCUUUGAGCAAAAUAAGCAGGCGAAGGAUUAUGAAGAAGAGCACGUUUUACUUGAUCUGGGUGAUGUUUGCGUGCAAGCAGAUAUUCCACCCAAUGCUCCCUAUGCCCUGUCAGGUCUCGACACGUUGAAUCCUGUGUUGGUCAUUGGAGAUCGAUUGAAGCUGAUUGGGGAAUACCAAGAGACAAUGGGAACAUGCUACCUUUUCUCUGAAAGAGAUGAAGAGAAAGUAGUUUUGCAUCCAGAAACUGGGGAAUCUGAAAGGAACCUUUUCAAAGAAACAUCCAUAGUUGAUCCGACUCCAGUCCCGUCAAAACAAGUAAAGCCCGUAGCGAGCCUUCACAAAGUCCUCAAGUUCAGGCUUGCUAAUGAGGGUGAGGCAAAGACUUAACACUGUGAAGGAAAUGAUACAUCAGAAUCUUGAAAAAAGUUUGAGGAAAAAUGAAAUGAGAUGAGAUAAAUGCGUAUCUUUUUUGUUAAAAACCCUUUUAGCAGUUUGACAGCUGAGGAUUUAACUAGGUGUUUAAAUAAAGGAGAUAUAGAUAUUACUAUAUUUGCAUUUAUUUUCUUUCGAGUUCGAGUGUGUAUAUGAACAAUGAAAUCACUUUUCAGGCUUGAUGUAAAUGAACUUGGAUUGGAUUG